AUGGCGGAGCCCCAGCGCGACAGCAAAACCUUCUGCCCCGGCCCUCUCGAAGACCAGGUGCCGACCAGCUGCAAGCAGGCAAUCCCCGUGUUUGGCUGUGGAUCCGAGCGAGUCCGGUUGGCCGCGUUGCUCGAUGGCGGCGAGGCGUCCGUGGAAAAAUUCGUGAACCAGGAAAAGCCGGUGACUGUGUGCGGAUGGAGCCGCUCCGUCAGGAAACAAGGCGGCGGCAGCUUGUGCUUUGUCGUCCUUAGCGAUGGCAGCACCUCAACCAACCUCCAGGUCGUCGUCGAAGCUGGGAUUGGUGGGGACUUCCCACAGCUGCUCAAAUGCGGGGCCGGAUGCUCCUUCCGAUUCACCGGAGACGUCGUGAAAAGCCCAGCCAAGGGCCAGGCUGUCGAGCUCGCCGUCCGAGACCCCAGCAAAGGCCACCGUCUGGAGAUCUUGGGAAUGACGGACGCGGCAAAGUAUCCGUUGGCAAAGAAGGAGCACACGCGAGAGUAUCUGCGCGAGAUUGCGCACUUGCGUCCGCGCUCGUACCUGAUAGGAGCGGUUACGCGUGUGCGGUCGAACUUGGCCAUGGCGACUCACCGCUUCUUCCAGGAUCGCGGCUUCCUGUACAUCCACACGCCGAUUGUCACGGCGUCGGACUGCGAGGGCGCUGGGGAAAUGUUCCAGGUGUCGACUCUCCUGCCGCCGCCUCCCGCGGAAACCAAAGAGAAUGAAAAGAAGGCCGACGGGGCUGCGAACGGCCAAGCUGCGGCGCCGGCUGAGCCUCUUGUGCCUUUGACCAAGGACAAGAGGGGUGUUGACUACUCCCGAGACUUCUUCGGCAGACCCGCGUUCCUCACGGUGUCUGGACAGCUGGCCGUCGAGCCGUACUGCUGCGCGCUGUCGGAUGUCUACACCUUCGGUCCGACCUUCCGAGCAGAGAACUCGCACACGUCCCGACACCUUGCGGAGUUUUGGAUGGUGGAGCCUGAAAUCGCCUUCGCCACGCUCGAAGACAACAUGGUCGUCGCGGAGGCCUACGUGAAAUUCUGCGUCCAGUGGGUACUGGACAACUGCAGAGCCGACAUUGAGUGGUUCCAAAAGAACCAGGAGGAAGGCCUCGUUGCCCGUCUGGAGAACAUUCUGGCAGAGCCGUUCGCCCGGGUCUCGUACACGGAAGCGAUCGAGAUCUUGAAGGCGGAAGAGCCGAAGGCGCAGUUCAAGGAAAAGGUGGAGUGGGGCAUGGACAUGGGGAGCGAACACGAGCGGUACUUGACCGAGAACAUCUACAAGAAGCCGUGCAUCGUGUACAACUACCCGAAGGACAUCAAGGCCUUCUACAUGAAGCUGAACGAGGACGGCAAGACGGUCCGGGCCAUGGACGUUUUGGUUCCCAAGAUCGGCGAACUGGUUGGAGGAUCUCAGAGAGAAGACGACCGCGAUCGCCUCGCUGCGAUGAUUCAAGCGAAAAACCUGGACCCGAAACCGUACUGGUGGUACAUGGAACUCCGCGAGUACGGCACCAUCCCGCACGCGGGCUUCGGCCUCGGCUUCGAGCGCCUUGUUAUGCUGGUUACCGGAAUCGAAAACAUCCGCGACACGAUCCCGUACCCGAGGUACCCGGGCCACGCCGAGUUCUAA